GGAGAAGGUGACCGUGAGCGUAAGGGAGUUGAGUGUGGUGAGGCCAGCUGAGGAGUCGACGCCUCGGGGCUCGUUGUGGCUCAAAUGUGGAGGCGUGUCACUUGGUGUUGGCAUGGAUCACCGCAUUGCAGAUGGAACUUCUGCCCUCCCUUUUUUAAAUACGUGGUCUGAUAUUGCUCGUGGUGAUUUCACAAAUUUUAAACCACCCUUCAUGGACCGGACAUUACUUCGUGCCCGAGACCCACCUCAGCCUGCAUUCCCCCACAUUGAAUUCCAAUCCCCUCCACAAAUGAAAUUACAACGCAGUACAAGUAAUAUUACUACGUCCCUUUUCAGAAUCACGUAUGAGCAGCUCGGCAUCUUGAAAGCCAAAUCUAAGGAAGAUGGCGGAGGGAACUAUACCUCAUUUGAGAUGUUGGCAGGUCAUAUUUGGAGAUGUGUUUGCAUGGCACGUAAACUUCCUGAUGAUCAAGAAGCCAAACUACUCAUUCCCACUGAUGGACGGUCCAGAUUGCUGCCUCCACUCCCACUUGGUUUCUUUGGCAAUGUCACUUUCCGAACCUCAGAAAUUGCUGCAGCAGGGGAUCUCCAAUCGAAACCAACUUGGUAUGCUGCAAGUUGCGUUCACAAUGCUUUGGUGCAGAUGCACAACGACUAUCUUUUAUCAGUCAUUGACCAUCUUGAGCUUCAUGCUCCUUCUCAAGCCGAAACUUUUAACGGAAUUUCGUUGAUUGGGCGCCCGUUUCUUCGGAUAAACAGUUGGAUUAGGCUCCCGAUUCACGAUGCUGAUUUUGGUUGGGGUCGACCCAUUUUCAUGGGGCCUGGUCGCCCAUUUCCAUUUGACGGGAAGGCUUUGUUGUUACCAAGCGCAACUAACGAUGGGAGUUUAUCACUCGUCAUUUCUCUGCAAUCUGAGCACAUGAAAUCAUUUUCCAAGUUGUUGUAUGACAUACAAGGCCCCAAUCUUAAGAGGGCCCCAAAAUUAUGA